CGCUGGCCCCGCGGUGCGGCUGGGUCCUCCCCGGGCUGCAGCAGCGCCCCGCUGUCCCCGCCGCGGUGAGCCCCGCCACCGCCCGGCCCUACGCGGCUGCAGCAGCCAAAGCUGCCAAAAAAGAUGGCAAGAGGAGCCGGCAGGAGAAGGCGAAGGAGGCGGCCAAGGAGAAGCCCCUCCCUCGGAGGCGGCCGCUGAUGAGCAAGCCCGUGGACGACGUGUACCUGACGUGGCUCUACCGGAGACCCUCCUACGGGCUGGAGCAGGCCGUGGGCAUGCUCAAGAGGUUCCAGGAGCUGGACUUCACCCACCCCAAGCAGUUUGUGUACAUCAACGUCUUCCUGGACAUGGCACUGCAGAAGAAGAAAAAAGUGGAUCCUUUUUCCAGCGGUGUCGCUCUCCCCCAUCGCUUUACGGAGGAUGUGAACAAGGUCUUGGUGUUCACAGAGAAUGAGCAGGAAGCUGAGGUAGCUCGAGAGCACGGGGCUGCCAUCGUGGGAGGAGUUGAAUUAAUCAAAUGGAUCCUGGAGGAUGAAAUCCAGGCUGAUUUCUACGUGGCUGUCCCUGCCAUCAUCCCCAAGUUAAUCCCCCUGAGGAACAAGCUGAGAAAGAAGUACCCCAGCACCAAGAGAAAUUCCCUGGGCAGUGACAUUCCCAGAAUGGUGCAGUUCUUCAGGGAGUGUCACGAGUACUCGGUGGAGGACGAGAGUGUCAUCAAGACAAGGAUAGCCAGACUGGAUAUGCCCACUGAGCACAUCAUUGCCAACCUGAAAACAAUUAUCCAGGAUAUCUGCACCUUCAAGCCAUCUAAUUUUGAUCCCAUUGUGCAGAGGCUGGUUAUCAGAUCCUCCACCAGUGAAGGCUUGCUGCUGAACCUCGAUGGAAUCCUACCUCAGGUGGAGAAAGCAGAGGAGAAAGAGGAAGAAGAUGCAGCUGAUGAGGAUCAGCAAAAAGCUGUCCAGGAAUCCGUUAGUACCUGAUGUCUUCUCCUUGUGGGCCUGGCGCUCCAGCUGGGGAAGCAGAUGUGAAGUGUCACUCAAAUCAUGCUCUGUGAGAACAAAAAAUAAAUGCAGCUUGUGGA